CUAACACUGGUUCUUGAAACAGUUGUAGUGAUAUGGCAGUAGUGGAGGGGAGGGCAGUAACGAAGUCUGCACAGAUACAAAUACUGAAAGUGUGUUUCGUACAAGAGGCAGAUCCGCUGGAUGUGGGUCUUGUCACCGAUGAACCAGAAGAGCUCAGCUGCAGAAUUCAAGACGAGACAAAAAGCGCAAAGCCUCACUGCCUCAGGGCUACCUAUCCUCCGUCUGGCUGGCGUCAAGGUGCGGGGACGAGGGAGUGAGCGCCCACUCGGUUAAAACUAUCUGACAAAAUGACACCCCAAUGACUCCGCACCUACCUUGGUAGCAGUAGAGACACAUAGGUUGGGAUGGCGAAGGAAACGAAAGGGAAAGCCGCUUCCCGCCAGCACAGUGCCUCCCACUGGCGGAUGCAGGACAUUGCACAGGAGUCUGUUGACAGCUCAGAUGAGGAGUUUUUCGAUGCCAGAGAUGUGCUGGAGGGGAAGAGUGCCAUCCUCCUGGGGAUGAGCCAGUGGAACUCCAACGACCUGGUGGAGCAGAUUGAGACCCUGGGACACAUGGACCAAUCACAAGGGAGCCUGUAUCGCCUGGGGCGUCCUCGAUGUGUCCCUCAGAGCAGCAUCGACGGGUUAGAGGACAUGGAGACCCAGUGUAAGACCCACGUGUUGCUGCUGGUGAUGCAUGGUGGGAACAUCCUGGAUACGGCAGGGGCAGACCCUGGCACCAAGGCGGGCGAUGCCACCACGCUGUCCUCUGUGCUGGAGAAGGUGGCUCGGGCACACUUUCAGGCCGCAGCAGAACAUGUGAUGAUCAAGCUAGUGGCCUGCCCGGCUGUGUGUGCCGAGGCCUUCUCCCUCGUCUCCAAUCUGAACCCAUACAGCUAUGAUGAGAGCUGUGUGUCCAGCAGCGUUGACCACCUGCCCCUGGCCGCCCUCCCGCUCCUCGCCAUCGCAGCGCCACACUACCAGGACGCCGUGGCAACCCUCAUCACCCGCGCCAACCAGGCCUACCACAGCUUCCUCGUGUCCCAGGARGGACAGGGCUUCACCGGACAGGUGUGUGUGAUGGGCGACUGUGUGGGAGGUGUGCUGUGCUUCGACGCCCUGUGUUUCAGCAGCAGCAGUAGUAGCAGUCAGAGGCAGCACAGCAGUCCCAGCAGCAGCAGGAACAACAGCACUGAGAGCCUCAAGGAUGACCCUGAGGACAGCCCCUGUCACAGCCCCAGCCUGGGCCUCAGCUCCAGUAAGAGGCUGAGUAAGAGUAACAUUGAUAUCUCGGCCCUGCCCAGCGAUGGACACAGCCAAGCCAGACAGCCCCUCAGCAGGAAACAGAGUGACUCGUAUGAUGGAGACACAUCUACUGGACAACACAGCUUCUUCAGCAGUCUGAUGCAGGAGGGGGUGGACCUGCGUCCCGGCAGCAGCAGUAGUCUGAUUUUGAACCCAGGGAGGUUUGACUUUGAGGUCUCUGAAUGUUUCCUGCUGGGCUGUCCACUGGGUCUGGUGCUGGCCAUGAGACGCACGGUACUGCCUGCUGUCCAGGUGAGUCAACUCCGUCCUGCCUGCACCCAGAUCUUCAACCUGUUCUACCCCUCGGACCCCUCUGCCUCCAGACUGGAGCCUCUGCUGGAGCCCCUCUUCCACAAGCUGCCCCCCUUCCCCAUGCCACGCUACCAGCGCUACCCCCUGGGAGACGGACGCUCCACACUUAUAGCUGACAGUAUCCAAAGUCACCCAGAGGUUUUCCUGGAGGCAGAGCCCAGUCCUGGUGCCCCYACCAUGCKCCCUUCCCCUGGGACAGACAGCAGUGGAAGGGGAGGAGGAGGAGGGCGCAGAGCCAGUGUGACCAGCGUGGACAGUGAGACGUCCUUCUGCUCUGUGGGCCGGAUGAGUAGCACCAUCACCAACAUUUCCAGUAGCUGGUGGGGCUCUAAGAGGUUGGACUAUUCUCUGUACUGUCCAGACGUGUUGACCUCCUUCCCCACCGUGGCACUGCCUCAUCUCUUUCAUGCCUCCUAUUGGGAGUCCACUGAUGUAGCUGCGUUUCUGCUCCGACAGCUCAUACGAUGCGACAGUGUGAAGGCCCAGGAAGCUGACAGCAAGGACUCAGACCCCUUCUCUCCAUCCAGCCCACGGGAGAAGUGGCUUCGCAGGAGGACGCAUGUCAAACUGAAGAAUGUGACUGGCAACCACAGGGUGAAUGAUGUCAUUGCCACAGAGGAGGGACCACAGACGCUGGUUGGUCGGUUCAUGUACGGCCCACUGGACAUGGUGACUCUGACMGGAGAGAAGGUGGACAUUCUCCUAAUGACCCAGCCCCAGUCCGGCCGCUGGGUCCACUUUGACACAGAGGUGACCACCAGUAGUGGCAGAGUGGUCUACACCAUCCCCAAGAGCAAGAAGCUGGCCACCGGGGUCUACCCUAUCAAAAUGAUGGUCAAGGGAGAUCAGACGAGUGCAGAGGCCUACCUGACGGUGCUGCCCAGGGGGAUGGAGUGUGUGGUSUUCAGCAUCGAUGGCUCCUUCGCGGCUAGCGUCUCCAUCAUGGGCAGCGACCCUAAAGUCCGCCCCGGAGCAGUGGACGUCGUCAGACACUGGCAGGACCUGGGCUAUCUUAUCAUCUACAUCACAGGGAGGCCAGACAUGCAGAAGCAGCGUGUGGUGUCAUGGCUGUCUCAACACAACUUCCCCCAGGGCAUGAUCUUCUUCUCUGAGGGCCUGGUCCAUGACCCACUGAGACAGAAAACCAUCUUCCUCAGGAACCUAGUGCAGGAGGUACGUUACAUACAUGAUACAGUGGAUAUAUUUUUCUUGCUCUCUAUCGCAACUCUUUGUCUUUGUGUAUAUCUCCCUCUUUUUCUUUCUCUCUUUCUUUUUCUCACCCCAUGCAGUUUGGCCGACCGGGACGAGACACAAGGAAGCCCUCCUCUGUCGAGCGGAACAUGUCCUGAGGAAGGGAGUCUCCGGCUGUCGGGCCUCUGCCAGAAGGGUGUUGCCUGA